AUGAUGGCUAUGUAUUACUGAUUGCUGCACUGCUGCAGGUUUUGUCCAAUUUGAACGUUGGAUGGCUGAUGCCGUUUUUCCAACUAUACAGAAAGGUAAUAUCACAGAUUAAAAUACCGUCUACACUACAGCAGGAAGUUCUAAUGCCGUGUAUGGCGGUCUUUAAUCGUCGUCUCGAGUCUCACAACCCAGUAUUCGAGACACACAGAUUACUCAGAGCACUGCGCCGAGUUCACCACUUUCGAAUUUUCGAAUUUUCGAUGCCCAACGUUUAUCCUCGAUUACGGCCCGCAAGAAGCGCAACUAGCGACCAAGCGGAAAUUAAUAUAGUUAAGUAUUGUUUAUUUUCAUGAUAUAAAUAUAUUUUUUCAUUUCGACAAUUAUGUACACAGAGAGCGCUAGCUACACUUCUUCCUAUGGUGAACAGCUGAUUUUCGGGGAUAAACUGCGAGCAUUCACUCUGGAGACCAAUUUAUAAUACUUUCUAUACGGCUUUGAGUAACCAGUACAUUGUGCAUAUUAUAUUAUUAUGUAUCCAUAGGCGGCGAUACUGCUGGCGCUGUCGUUAUGGGUAGAAUGUUCUGUGAUAGCAGCACCCAUAAUUCCUACAGAAAUGGCAUAUAAAGUUAGUUUUUACUUAAUAUCAUGAACUUGCAUUCUAGACUAUAAUAGAAUUGAUUGAUAGUGCGGAAGUCAAUAGACACAUCAAUUAUAAUGUCUCCGGCAAAAAAUCGUCAGAACAUUUUACAGUUGAUAAGGGAUCGAGAAUUGAACGAUCACAUCCGCACAAAGUAUGCAUUAAAAAGUAACUUGAACUACAAAUGUAUUUCAAAACUUGGAUUACUCACUCAAUUAGAAGGACAUCAAGGAUGUGUUAAUUGCCUACAAUGGAAUGAAAAUGGAAGCACCUUAGCAUCGGCAUCUGAUGACUAUCAAGUAAUACUAUGGGAUCCAUUUUUACAAAAAGUUAAAACUACUAUUAAAACUUUACACCGUGGAAACAUAUUUUCUGUCAAGUUUAUACCUUGUUGUAAUGAUGAUAUAGUUGCAACUGGAGCUGGUGAUUGGAGUUCACAUACUUAUAAUGUAACAACAGGUAAACAAUUAAACAGUUGCAUUUGUUCUCAAGGAAGAAUCAAACGUCUAGCUGUAGCAAAUGAUGCGCCUAGUGUUUAUUGGUGUGCCUCAGAGGAUGGAUGCAUUAGUCAACAUGAUAUGAGAAUGAGCCACGAAUGUCCUAACGAUAAAUCUAAAACUACUUUGGUGACCAUAUAUGGUAAUUCGGGAAAAAAGAUUGAAGCUAAAUGCUUAGACAUAAACCAACUUAGAACUGAGCAGCUUGCAGUUGGUGCUAAUGAUCAAUAUGUGAGAUUAUAUGACCGCAGAAUGAUUCAAUCAUUGUCAUCAUUUGGUGUGCAAUCUCUUUCGGACCAUGUCCUUGAGUAUGAUGGCAAUAAUGCAGCAUUAAGUAAAGUCAACAAUGCACUUCAAUAUUUUGUACCGGGUCACAUCCAUUCAAAUGACAAUGAAACAAUACCCAAAAAACAAAAAAGUUAUGUAAUUACUUAUUUGACGUUCAGCCCUGAUGGACAAGAGUUAUUGGUUAAUUAUGGUGGUGAAUAUGUAUACUUGUAUAACCUAGUGAAUCGAGCUGAUAAUGCAUUUUUCAAUAUCCCUAAAGCUAUGAAAGUUCCUCGAGAAAACGGGGAAGGUUCUUCUACAGAUUUAAUAGAUGAUCCAGCUCCUGUUCCUCAUUUGACACUACCAGAUAAAGUAGUGCAAUUAAAAUUAAAGGCAAAUUAUUUAUUUGAAAAAGAAGAUUAUACUGCUGCUAUUAAUCUUUAUAAUGAAGCUAUAAGUAUUCAUAAAUCCAGUGUACUGUUUUCGAAUAGAGCUGCAGCCUUUAUUAAAAGAAAGUGGCAUGGAGACUUCUAUGCAGCUCUCAAAGAUUGUGUCACUGCAUUAGAACUGGAGCCUAACCAUAUGAAAGCACAUUUCCGGUUGGCAGUAUGCCUAUUUGAACUGGAUAAGUUAAAAGAUUCUAAAAUGUAUUUAGAUCAGUUCACAAAGAAGUACCCAUCGUAUAAAACUAGUGCCGCAUACAAAUGUCUUUAUAGUGAUUUGUUAAAUGCACAAUCUAAUAGUAAAGAUAAACUUGAUGGAAAAAAAUCACUUGAAACGUCGGAUUCUACAACAAAUGUUCUAGAUGCAUUACAUGUUGAACGGGCCCAAAAGAUAACUUUUGAGAAAUACUUUCGUAAUCAGGCGAUGGAUUACCAUCGUAGAUAUUAUGGUCAUUGUAAUACAUCUACUGAUAUCAAAGAAGCUAACUUUUUUGGAAGUCAAAAUCAAUUCAUAGUAGCUGGUUCAGAUGAUGGUUUAUUUUUUAUAUGGGAAAAAAAUACAGAGAAUAAUUUGCAUAUACUGAAAGGGGAUAGUUCAAUCGUAAAUUGUGUACAACCACAUCCUUCAGAGUUUUUGUUGGCAACCAGUGGUAUUGAUAAUGAAGUCAAACUAUGGAGUCCAUUGCCAGAUGAUGUGGAUAAUCCAUGUAUAAUAGAACAUUAUAAUACAACAGCUACGUUAAACCAAAGACGUAUGACGGCUGAUCCAUUUGAAGUAAUAUUGCGUAAUAUGAGGAGAACUGCGACAGAGGGACCCGGCAGUAUUGAUUUGGCCACUAUACGUGAUCAAUAUGGAAUUGAUCCAUUGUCUGAUGAUUUUAGUGAAUGUCGAAUGAGUUGAUAGAAAUCAUAGUUUAUGUCAUUUUUUUUAUUAACAUUAAAUAUAAAUAAAUAUUUUCAACUGUA